CAGGUGUGGGGUGCACGCUGACCAUGCCGCGCUCCUUCCUGGUGAAGAGCAAGAAGGCCCACACCUACCACCAGCCACGCGUGCGGGAGGAUGGCCCGCUCUGGCCUCCUGCCCUCCCGCCCGAGGCCCGGGACCAGGUCCUGGGCAGCGGCCCCGUCCUUGGCACCCUGUUCCCAAGCCAGUGCCUGGACUGGCCCAACCUCAAACAGGAGCCGGCGCUGGAGCAGGACCAGAGCUUGGCCAGGACGGCCUCAGCACCAGAGGUCCCCACUGUGAUGUCCCGACCCCAGGACGGGGACUCUCCACUCUCUGACUCACCCCCGUUCUACAAGCCCAGCAUCUCCUGGGAUACCCUGGCCUCGUCCUACGGCCACAGCUACCGGCAGGCCCCCUCCACCAUGCAGUCAGCCUUCCUGGAGCGCUCCGUCAGCCUGUACGGCAGCCCCCUGGUGCCCAGCGCCGAGCCCCCCCUGGACUUUACCCUCCGCUACUCCCCGGGCAUGGAGGCGUACCACUGCGUCAAGUGCAACAAGGUGUUCUCCACCCCUCAUGGGCUCGAAGUGCACGUACGCCGCUCCCACAGCGGGACCCGGCCCUUUGCCUGUGACAUCUGCGGCAAAACCUUCGGCCACGCCGUGAGCCUGGAGCAGCACACGCACGUCCACUCCCAGGAGCGCAGCUUCCAGUGCCGCAUGUGCGGCAAGGCCUUCAAGCGCUCGUCCACGCUCAGCACCCACCUGCUCAUCCACUCGGACACGCGGCCCUACCCCUGCCAGUUCUGCGGCAAGCGCUUCCACCAGAAGUCGGACAUGAAGAAGCACACCUACAUCCACACCGGCGAGAAGCCACACAAGUGCCAGGUGUGCGGGAAGGCCUUCAGCCAGAGCUCCAACCUCAUCACGCACAGCCGCAAGCACACGGGCUUCAAGCCCUUCAGCUGUGAGCUGUGCACCAAGGGCUUCCAGCGCAAGGUGGACCUGCGGCGUCACCGUGAGAGCCAGCACAAUCUCAAGUGAGGCUGUGCCAGCUCCUGGCACCUGGCCAGCCUGCCCUGCGGUCCUGUCACCCGGAGUCCGGACUCAGGCACCCAGAUCGCCAGUCUCCUGGAGACGGCACCGGAAAGGAAUCUUUAAGCUUAUGUUGAGACUCGUGAAAUUGCUGUGUGACUUUCGGCAAGUCACGUUCCCUCUCUGGCUCAACAUUUCUCCUGCCGCAAAGUGCAGGAGCUGGGCUGGGUCUUCUAAGCUGAAUUUGCCUACAGGUGUGUUCAGGUGCUUUCUUCUAGCCGAGCACGGAAAGCGGGAGUACCCCCAGGCAGACGGGGAUGCCAUGAAUAGACCAGAGCUGGGCCCCACGGACACAUCCUCCCGUGUCUGUUGCCCCCUGGGCUGGGAUCUGGUCACCUUGGAUUUUCCUGGGCCUCUUUCCGGGUGACGGACAGUCAGAGCUGCCUCCUGCCCAGCAGGAGGGGUGGCGUCCCUCCGCUGCGGCCAGCUGUGUCGGCUGCCCCCACCUCUGCCCAGCACUCAGCCAGCCACAGGGACUCCAGUGCUGCCAUCAGGUCUCGGGUCUGCGGAAACCAGCAGUUACUGAUGUCAAAGCCUGUUCCUCUCCAUUGCUGUAACUGAAAAUAAAGACAGAUUUG